UAAUCUUAUUUGUCACUCAUUUUUCAAAGAAAACAAACAAAAAGAAACACACAAAAUAUUUGAACUAAGCCAAAGCAUCAAAAACUUCAGCCACCUACAUGUGUAUGCGUGUGUACGCGUGUGUGUGUGCAUUGUUGUUGUCGUUGUUGCUGCUGUUAUCAAACAAAGCUGAUCAGUCAGGUGGCAGCUACCUAAAAUCUGCGUCGCGUAGGUGUUCCAAGAAUUGUUUACAAGAACACAGAAACAAAAAAAAAAUAAACGGCGCCCCCACCAAAUGCAGCGACAGUAGCAACAACACUAACAACAAGCAGCAGCAGUCGUAGCAGCGGGCAGCGACAGCGACGUCUAUUGUUAGCUGCCCGCGUUGACGUCGACGACGACGACGACGACGAUAGCGUUGGAGUGAAUGUCCUCAGUUGGUACAUAAAAACAAAAACAAUAUGUGGCGCGAGGUUGCCACUGUCGAGAGCCGAGAGAGCGAACAUUCGACACACAGAGAGAGAGAGAGAGAGAGAGAGCGAGGGCCGAAGGCGUGCCGAGCUUGAGCCGAAGCGCAGCGAGCAGCCAUGAGUUGUUGGAGCUGUUGGCGCUGCUUUCAUUCGCAAAUUGCUCGUCGUUGGCAGCGGUUGUGCAGAGCAAGAAAAGCGCGCGAAACAGAAACAGUUGAAAUUGAAACAGAAUUCAUUUCACGGCAACAGCAACAAAAAAAGAGCACACAGAACACGUUACAAACCAACCAAAAAACAACAAAAAAAAAAGAAUAAUAAUUAUGAUAAAGAGCAAACAACAAAUAGUUUAAUCUAUAAUCUAAAUAAAAAAUAUAUAUAUUAUUUUUUAAAUUGGUGCCAGAGAGUGAAGUGCAAUAAGCUAAAAGAGAGCAAAAGACUUAGAAAAAGUAUUUUGGCGCUAAAAAAGAAAGAAAGAAAGAAAAGUUUAAUAUAUUCAUGUUGGUGAAGUGAAGCAACAGCAACAACAACAACAACCACAACAACAACAACCACAACAACAACAACAAAAUGUUCCUUAUUAGCAAAUUGUAGAGCAAAAAGCAACAACAGUGUCAUUUGUGCUACCAAAAAAUAUAAAAAUUUAAAUAUAUACAAAAGAAAGAGAGCAAAGUUGCAAUAUUUAAACAAAAAUGGUUUGUGCAAUGGAACAACAACAACAACAGCAGCCACAGCAGCAGCAGCAACAGUUGCCACAGCAGCAUGCCACAACAAUUGUGCUGCUGACAACAGCCGGCAACAGCAACGUGCACAUUGUCAGUGCACCACAGCAGCAACCACAGCAGCAGCAACAUCAACAUCAGCAGCAGCAACAGAUGAAAAGUCAGCAGCUGAAGCAGCAACAUUCGGCCUUGGUCAAGUUGUUGGAGUCUGCACCGCUCAGCAAACAGCAGCAGCAGCAACAACAGCAGCAACAGCAGCAACAACCUAGACAAAUUGUUUACCUGCAACAGCAACAACAGCAACAGCAACGCAAAAGACUGAAAACGAAGCAGUGCUGAUAGCAGAACAACAACAACAACAGCAGCAGCAACAUCAGCCACAGCAACAGCUAACAACAACACCUGCAACAUUAGUAAAGACAACCAGCAAUCAACAGACAAAUAGUAUUAGUCAGCAGCAGCAGCAGAU